ACUGAUACUACCGUAGUUUCUAGGUGUCUUAUCCUUGCAACUACUGUUCUGUUGUUACCUGUACCGCACUCUGCAAUUGAAUUCUUGAUUCUUGAAGGCUUUUGUUGUGGGUCUCCUUUCCAGAGAACAACCGGUUGUCCUCAAACGAUUUCCCAACCCCAAAAUUCACCGAAACAGCUGCUAAACAAAACCUGUCUGCCGGGCGUCCAAUCAAUUCGACACGGGCCAUUCCGCAAUAGGUAGAGCUUCUGAUUUUCAGCCUCAAUACCCAUUUUUUAAAUUGCUGCAAUCACUGCUCAAACCCCAAAUGGGGAAGGAAGUUGUCGAAACUGCUCAAUAAAAACUCGGGAAAGAAAAAGAGACAAAACAAAACACAAGGCAACCAUGUCUUCGACAUCGACCCCAGCUGUGCCCGACGGCAGUACGGUAACUUAUGAACAAUUGCACGAAAUACAAGAAGAAUUUGAAGACGCCGAAGUGGAGCUUGUCCGUCAACAUGUUCAGAUCACCAGACCUAUAUUGGAGAAGCGAGCCAAGGCUAUCGCGGCAAUACCAAACUUUUGGCCAUUGGUGUUCGAACAGGCGCCUCAGGACAUUGACGAAUAUAUUCAGCCGACAGAUGCAAAUGUGCUCAUGUCGUCACUCAAGUCGAUUUCCGUUUCACAUUUCGAGAUCGACAAUGAGGUAGAAGGUGGUGACCCGAGAAGCAUCUCCAUCAAAUGGGAAUUUGGUGAAAACGAUUACUUUGAGGAUCGCUUCCUCGAGAAGAAGUUCUGGUACCGACGUUCCAAGGACUCAAGCUGGUCCGGUCUGGUCAGCGAGCCCGUCGACAUCAAAUGGAAAUCCGGAAAGGACCUGACACAUGGGCUGCUUGCCAUGGCAAGGCAAGUUUGGGAUGAGGAGCAAAAUCAAGGUGCAUCGGCAAAGAUCGACAAACCCGAGGGAAUGACUCCAUCACAAGAGGCCCUCAAGAAGAAGAUUGAGAGUGCGGGUGGUGUUGGUGGGGUGAGCUUCUUUGCCUGGUUUGGUUAUCGCGGUCGACAUGUCACGGCCGAGGAGAACCGGCAAUCGCAAGAAGAGAGACGUCUGAAGAUGCAGGGAAAGAUGCCUGAAGUGACAGCAACUGAGGACAAGGAUGAAGACAUGGACGAAGAUGACCAAGAUGCGCUAGAGGCUUUCCCUGGCGGUGAUGAGCUUGCAGUUUGCAUCGCGGACGAUUUAUGGCAGGAUGCCAUCAAAUAUUUCAUGCAAGCACAGGAAGAUGAUGGCAACGACAGCGGUGACGACUUUGAGUCAGACGAGGAUGAGGAGGGUGAAAAUUCUCCAGCGCAGACCCCGGGCCAGCCACCAGCCAAAAAGCAGAAGAAGUAAACCAUGCCGUAUGGCGAACGGGAUUGGCAACGUUCCCUCACGGCGGAAAUAUGAAGGGCCUGCGACUCAUCUCUGCCUAUCUCUAGUAGUUACGUACUCCAACGCAUGCAGUAUGUGUUACCAAUAAUCCACGGCAUGGGCAGGGUAAGACUUGUUCCAAACGCAGCCAGUCCUGGAAUGUGGGAUGUUUUUCUUCUUUUUUCUUCUUUUUUCCUACCAGUGCUUCCCCUGAUGCGGAAGCAUCUGGACAUGGAUUGGUACCUACGCGGAAGGGUAUGAGACCACCUCUGCAAAAAUGUCGCACACGGCGUUGCGCUUUUGAUUCCGUCUAGUGGUGUUGUCUUUCAGAUACCAAAUGGAGCAUAUACAGCAAGCAGCCGAUGCGUUGUUGUAAACGGACAAAUCCCUCGAAGGGGUGACCUCGGCGCCAAGAUAUACUUUUUUAACACUCUUCUAAUGCGCUGUACUGUACACAUUGCUUGGUACAGUCGCCUGUCGCUCCACCAGCCGGGACCCCUUGCGGAAGCUAGGUUCGGGCGAUCGUCACUGACACCAUCACAAGCAUAUGAUUUUCUGGGGCCGCCUCGGCGACCCGCGACGACCUAUUUUCUAUAAAAAGUUUGUUGUUGCUUCUUU